GCGCAGGCUCAGCUGUGCUAUAAAAAGGCAGAGCGUGGGGGAAGGAGGGCUGCCGUUCAGAAGGAACCGUGCACACUCGCUCGCUGGUGGGGAGAUCCACAGGGUCUGCGGCCAGCCCCUCGCACCGGGAGAUCUCGAGACAGGAGCCACAGGAAAGUUGAAAGGGAGCUGACGACGAACGCAACACAAUGGCAGACAAGAUCAAAGACGCUAAAAUCAUCUUUGUGGUCGGCGGGCCCGGGUCCGGCAAGGGCACCCAGUGCGCGAUGGUGGUGAAAAAGUACGGCUUCACCCAUUUGUCGUCCGGCGACCUGCUCCGCGCCGAGGUGGACUCGGGCUCUGAGAGGGGCAAGCAGCUUCACGCCAUCAUGCAGAAGGGAGAGCUGGUGCCCCUGGACACGGUGCUGGACAUGAUUAAGGACGCCAUGAUCGCCAAGGCCGACGUGUCUAAGGGCUUCCUCAUCGACGGCUACCCCCGCGAGCUGAAGCAGGGCGAGGAGUUUGAGAAGAAGAUCGGUAAACCGUGCCUGCUGCUGUACGUGGACGCCAAGUCCGAGACCAUGGUCAAGAGGCUUCUGAAGCGCGGCGAGACCAGCGGCCGCUCGGAUGACAACGAGGAGACCAUCAAGAAGCGUCUGGACCUCUACUACAAGGCCACCGAGCCCGUCAUCACCUUCUACGAGAAGCGUGGCAUCGUCAGGAAGGUGGACUCUGAACUUCCUGUGGAGGAGGUCUUCAGCCAGGUCUCCAAAGCUAUUGAUGCACUGUAGUUCAUAAAAAAACAAACAAAAAAAACACACAAUGACAACA